CAGUCUCCCAAGACGCCGGUAUCAGCGGAGGGCUUCAAGUCGCUACAGAAUAUGAUAGUCCAGCAAAAUACUCACGCUUGUGACGAGACGGGUAGGUGGCGUCUACACAGGCUUAUCCAGAAGCUUGGUAAGGCUGCCCAGAUGUCAUUUGCACAGGUAGUGCUAGGGACGGCAAGGGUCAUGAGCUAUGAGGACCUGGUGAAAGCUCGCGCUAAGCGU